AAGAGUGUAAUCAAAACGUGAUUGUCAAAGUUGCAUCAUGGCUCUGUGCGUGAGGGUUUUCCGCCGCUGGAAUCAUUUCAAAACCCUGAAGCAAUACGAAAAUGUUCCGAUCGCACCGGGAUGUCCUCAGUCUCUCGUGCAGCAAGUCAUUCCUGUCGGGGAAAAGUGCUACCUGGCGUGGCACCCCCAGCCACAGUUCCCGUAUGAACAUUCGAAGCCAAUUGUGAGGAAUUCCGUGGAAUCAGGUUCGAAUCUAAUCAACGACGAGCUGGUUUGUUCCGGCGCGAGCGGCUUGAAGGACAAACAUCCCGAGUUUGUUCGUGACGAGCUCGCCAAGGCAACCUUCACCACCAAGCACCGUUGGUUCCCACGAGCACGCGACAAGAAAGCGAAACGCACUCCCAUGGACCGGGAAUUUCUUUAAGCUGUUUCGUGGCUUAGUUGGCUUCUAGAUUUUUAAUUAAAAUAAUGUAAUGAAUAAAACUUUGUUUCUUGAAA